GCAAACGGUGAACUGCCGCUUUCCAUUCGCAAAAACGGACAAACACAACACAACGGCCCGAGCAAACGUAACUCAAAGUUGCCAAGGCGUUAAGCGUGAAAGGACAACCAAACAAUCGUGAGCAGGAAUUCUCGCGCCAGUGUCGAUAGUGAGAUUUUUAGUUUUCGUUGGAUCGUGAUUUUAUGUGCGCGUGUGUUUUUCUUGGAACCAACCGGAAGCCGUCGAAAGUUCGAGCCGCUAAACGGCCACAGCGCGUAAACGACAAGGCUGAGGACAAGGGCUAGACCUCGCGUACGCCCGGGCUAGACCUUGCGCUAGCGCCAACCGACCGUGACCGUGUGUGGUGCAUGCGGCUUCAAGUGCAGCUGCAGACAAGUGCAUCUCUGGCAGUGAGUUUGAUACGAGCGCCAGCGCGGAGAAAGAAAAGUAGAGCAACCGCUUUUUGCUGGAGUUGCUGCAUUUACCCAAAACACCCGCCGAAACGGUGGCGUGUGCGUUUGUCUGCGACGAGAGAGUGUGCGGGCGUGUGAUAAUUAGGGCGCGAAAGAAGCGGGUGAAAAUCAAUCAAUAGGAAAAAGAGGAGCCCUUUUGGUGGGAGAGCGUUUGGAAACGCGCCGCAGCGUUGGAAAAGAAAACGGGAACCGUGCGUGAUUAGUGAAUGACGCGGCGUGCAAUUUUGCGUGGAAAACCUUGUAGCUUGUGGUUUUUCGUCUGGCGCUAAAGUCGAGUGAAAUAUACGUACAAGUACACACACGUACACAAAAGCCCGUGUGCUGAGAAGAAGAAAAAAACCCACGAAGAAGCAACAAAGCGAGUGUGCGCGAGUGAUCGAAGAAUAUAUCCGUGGCGUGUGAUUUGGACCCCGAGAAGUGGGUCACGACGAAGAAACACAACCCCAGCCUCCUUCCGGUGGCCACGGCAACAACACUAAAAGAAAAAAAAGCACACGCUAAAGUGCAGUGAGUGUGCGAAAGAGCGAUAAAGGUAGAGUGCAUCGGGGGAGCAAACAAACAAAAAGAAAAGAGAGCGAUUUUGGGGAAGCAUUUUUACACGGAGUUUGCGGAGUGCACCUUUGAACAAAAACAAACAAAAAUUUCGCAAGAGAGUGUGCACGUCGUGGAAGCAACCGUAACGUCGUUAUCAGCGCCAACGGAAGCGCUGCAAUUCAUCGCGUCGACCCAAAAGAAUGCAAUAGCACUAGGACCGAGCGAAAUUAGUAUGAUGGUGGCGGACUUCGUAACACGGCAGCAGAACGGUUCGCCGUUGAACGGUGAAAUACCCGGUCAGAAUCAUAACUCCAAUUCCAACAUGCCUGCCCACAGUGCCUUACUGAUGAGCAACAACAGCAGCAACAGCAACAGCUCCGGCCGGGCCAGCCCGCACACCUCAUCGGAGUCGGAGUUUCCACAAAACGGGUACGAGCUGGCGGCGCACCUAAAGCGCAAGGAGCUGUUCUCCCAGCGCAAACAGCGCGAAUUCAUCCCGGACAACAAGAAGGACGACAGCUACUGGGACAGGCGACGGCGCAACAAUGAGGCCGCGAAGCGAUCUCGCGAAAAGCGCCGCUUCAACGACAUGGUGCUGGAACAGCGCGUCGUCGAGCUGACGAAGGAGAACCACGUCCUGAAGGCGCAGCUGGACGCGAUCAAGAGCAAGUACAACAUCUGCGGCGAGAAUCUGGUCAGUGUGGAUCAGAUUAUGGCCACGUUGCCCACCAACGAGCAGGUCCUCAGUUCGACCAAACGCGUCAAGCUGUCAAAUGGACAGAGCGCAUCAGGACGGUCUACGUCACCGACCGGUUCUACGGUAGGAUAUCCGCUCUCACGUAGUCCUUCACGGCAACCUCAGGCCGCAACUUCACCCUCGCAAUCACAUGGUCGGGCUUCGUCACCGCAUAGUCCUCCAGCGGCCUUGCAGGGUUCGCCGAUGGCUACCUCGACGAUGCCUUCGUCCCAGCAGGCUCCGGUUAUUCACCCGAACCCCAACAUUGAGUCUCCUCCACCGGCGGCUCAAGGACCAUCACCUUCGUCGGUUAGCUCCGGAGGUGCCAUUCAGCACACGAACGGUGCGACCGCGUACCUCUCGCCGGUGCACGCCAUCUACCGGAAUGGGUCGUUCGUCGAGUAUGAGCGAGGUCCUGGUGAAGGUCCUGGCAAACUGUCAUCGUCUGAGGGUGUCAGUAGUCGCAGCCCAUCACAGAUCCGGCUCGAGCUGAUCGAGCGCAACCUGGACGAUCAGCAGCAGUUGCACCUUCAGCAACUACAACAGCAACAGCAACAUCAACAGCAGCAGCAGCAGCAGCAACAACAACAACACCAUCAACAUCAGGUGGCGUCUUCUUCGCAACAUCAUCACCACCAUUACAGUCACCAUCCGCGGGAGGUGAUCCGAGAGUCGGUCAUCGAUCACCAUGCACAUCAUGCGCAACAACAGCAUCAUCUUCACCUCCAGCACCAACAACAACAGACCCAACAACAGUCUCAUCAACAUCCGCAACACCUGCAAACGGCAGCUCCACAACAACAUCCACCGACUCAUCACGCUCUACACCUGCACCAGCGGAUGUUGGGUGAACUGGUGGACCGAGACGAGCGGUCUCCUUCCCCACUCCCCACGGUGUCCUCGGGUGCUCCCCGUUUCGGUUCCCCCUCGACAACUUCCGCCGCUCCGAGCUCAUCGUCCGUCACUCCACCGACGAUCAUUUCGAGCUCGAGUCCUGCCGGAUCUCCACCGGCUCAUGUUCCCGUGGCGGCUCACGUCCACUCGCAACACCACUACCCCGCAGCUCAUCACCACCACCCGCAUCACCUAUCGGCUCACCAUACCCCCCACCCGGCGCAUCCCUUCGUCGUGGGUGCGAGUUCACCCUACGCAACCUCAGCCCUUCCAACAGCGGGUUACAGCCCAAUAACGGCUUCAGCAGCUGCAGCAGUGGCCGCGGCCGCGUACGUAAGUGGUGCAGGAGCUCUGUACGCGUCACCACCACGCACCACCGAGAUUGCGAGCGCUUUGCUAACGGCGAACGUCCUUAACUUGAGCCGCCGAGCGUCAUCUCCGUACGACGUCAGUCCACCCCAACCAGCUUCGUCGACGGCCAGCGCCGGAAGUGCGUCAGGUGCCGAAGACGAACCGGACCGUGAACGGGAAGUGCACGAACACGCGAACAGCCUUCCGGUGAAGCUACGCCACAAGUCCCACCUGGGUGAUAAGGAUGCGGCCACGGCACUGUUGGCGUUGCAAAACAUCAAACAGGAACCGAUCGGGCACCGGGCAGGUUCACCCGGUUGGGAUGAUGGUGAUGGGUCAUCGGAUGAGCGUGAUUCUGGCAUCUCGACCAACGAGUGGCCCACGAAAGCGGAGCAAAAAAUGCUGGUACCACUUCCGGCGUCACCACCCGCGGCAAUGGCAGUGGCGGCAGCUGCAGCCGCAGUUGUUACAGCCGCUGGAAAAAUCACCUCCAUUCCGGCCUCGGUCGUGAUCAGCAAGAAGGCGGAGGAAAACAUCCACUUGCAGUCGAAGCUGGCCCGGCUCGAAUCAGAGGUUGCUACGAUCAAGAACAUGAUGAUCUCGAACACGACUGGAAGCGGUUUUGGUGUGACGGCUGCAGCGCAGUAGGCCGCGUCACGAAAGACGAAAGCUCAGCAGUUCCUGCGCCCUUUGGAUGGCGGUCGAGCGGGUCGGUGACGGAUGCAGGCAUUCCGAGCCACCCGGUCGGACAGAGAGAGAGAGGGUGACCAUGUGUGUUAGUGGGUUAGUCGUGUGGAA